CUUUGUGAGAAACUUGGAAGUUCAGAACGGUACCAACGAUUUUCCAACUAUAAAUAGUCAGGAUCAAAGCUCCGAAAAGCAUUGCAGUCCAGUUUGUCAAAGUGUAUAGCUAGGCUUCAGCAGCGAACCCAAAUCACCACAUCAAAAUGUACAAAUUCUUGGUCCUCCCGCUGUUCUUCGCCGCCGUCUCGGCUGCUUACCUCGGAGCUCCCCUGGGCUAUGGUGCUCCAGCAUACGCCCAUGGUGCUUAUGCCGCUCCCUACGCUGCUCCCUAUGCCGCUGCCGCCUACCACGCUCCCCUGGCCUACCAUGCUCCAGUAGUGAAGACAGUUGCUGCCCCUCUGGCCUACCAUGCCCCAGUCGUUAAGGCUGUCGCUCCACUGGCCACCUCCUAUGCCAACACCUACAAGGUCUCCGUGAAGGCUCCAGUCGCAUACGCUGCCCCAGCCUACGCCGCCCAUGCCUAUGCUGCCCCAGCCUAUGCCGCUCAUGCCUAUGCUGCCCCUGCCUACGCUCACGCUCCGGUCGUUGCUGCCCCAGCAUAUCACGCCGCUGCUUACCACGCUCCUCUCGGAUACGCUCAUGGAUACCUGCACUAAGCGAUACGCCACCGGUUCCUCUGAUGUCCUUUACCCGAUAGCACUCCCCCCACCAGCCAACUACCACCCACUCAAACUAGCAGCAGAUUCAUGCAGCAGCGCCGACAUCAUAACAGAUGAACGCACAGCUCAACGCAUUCCUAAACAAACAAACAAACACAUACACAAGCCUUUUGGAUCUGUCCAAAACGGGAGCUCCACUGGCUUCCGACAGCUGAGAUUUUAGCAGGUUUUAUUUAAGUCAUCAUCGAUCAUCGAAUAGCAGUGUGCGGGAACCAGCAUCUCAAAACGAGAACAAAAUGAGUCUAAUUGUGUACAUAUGAUGUAUAGUUUUUGUAUUUAUUUGUGAAGAAAACUACAAAAAAUAAAAAAAGACAGAAAUCAA